GGCCCCUAGCUAAUACCUGCAGCUGUGUGUAGUAUAUAUAGAGCCGUUUGUGCGUAGCUCGGUCGAUCGUAUCCAUCACGAUUCACAAGGCAGUUAAUUUGAUCUUGGUUUUUCGAGCUCUAAAACUGCUGAUCGAUUCAAUACUCAGUAGCUAGCUAGCUAUAGCCACCUAAUUCAUCGCCACGUACAAACGGACAUCUGCUUUCUGAAACUGUUUCUGUUGAUAGCCGGUGAUCAUAACAGCGCAGAUAAACGUACGGCUUCCAAAUGAAGCAAAAGAUCGUGAUCAAGGUGUGCGCGCCGUGCGAGGGGUGCCGGGCGAAAGCGCUGGAGGUGGCGGCGAGGGCGGCGGACGGGGUGAUCUCGCUGGCGAUCACCGGCGACGACAGGGACAAGCUGGAGGUCGUCGGAGUCGGCGUCGACGUGACCCGCCUCGUCAUCUGCCUGCGCAAGAAGGUGUGCUACGCCGAGAUCCUGCUGGUGGAGGAGGAGAAGGAGGAGGAGGAGAAGAAGGAGCCGGAAUGCAAGCCGUGCUACUGGCCUCCCUACUGGUGCCCGCCGCCGGAGGAUCCGACUUGCAAGCCGUGCUACCCUCGCUACAGCUACGCGCCGCCGCCGCCGGCGGUCGUCGUCUGCGACGAGCCCAGCGCCUGUUCCAUAAUGUAAAAAAGGAAAAAGAAAUUAAAGAAAAAAAAAGAGAUUUGAAGGAAGAGACGUCUCUUCAAGCACUUUUUUAAGAAGAAAUUGUGAACGUGUUAAGGAUAUUGAACACAAGAUAUUGAGAUUGAAACCACACGACCCUUAUAUUA